GGUCGCCGCUGCUGUGCGCCGGUUUCCUGUGAGCUCCGGUCGUUCAGUCCUUGAUGCGCCGCCCGCUGCUCCUGUUGCUGUGUCCCUGCCUGCUCGGCCUCCUCCUGCAGCUGUGGCUCCGCUCCCCGCACCACCCGCUGGUCAUCGGCAUCCUGUCCGCCCGGCAGAACCGCGCCCUACGGGACACCCUCCGCAGUACGUGGCUCCAGAGCCUGCCUCCCGCCCGGCGCCCUCUGCUGCGCUUCAUUGUGGGCUCUGAGGCCUGCUCCGUACCGCCCGAGGACCGGGAAGACCCGUACUCCUGCCGCCUGCUCAAUAUCAGCUCCCCUGUCCUGCACCGGGAGAUCGAGGCGUUCACCGGGCCGGAGCCCGCCCGCUCCCCGCACCGUCAGCUCAGCGUCACCUUCCGGGUAUUACACCCGAUCAUCAUCACCCGCCUGGGGGCGUGGUGUCCCGGCCUCACCCGGAAUAUCAGUGUCCGUCUGUUCCAGGCUGAGCAUGAGGAGCCGCUGUUUGUGGCCCGCCUCACCCCACUCAGCCCGGGCUCACCCAUCAGGGGCGGACUGUGUUACAAGCCCGUGGAGCAGUUCAUCCUCCCGGAGGGCUUCCAUGGCACAGUGCGCUGGGACAGCCACGACGCCUACGGGUUACCAGUGUGGGGGGUCCAUCGGGUCACCCUGAACGAUGGCGGGGGCGUGCUGCAGGUGACGGCAGCUGAAGAGGGGCUCCUCCCCUACGACUUCUCGCAGGGCGCGGAGGGCAUCGCCGGCGGCUUCAUGUACACGGUCCAUGAUGGCGAGCUCCUCCUCCAGCGGAUCGAUGCCCGCCCCCAGCGCCUCACCCAACACCUCGCUGCUCUGGAGAAGGAAGAGGCGGAGCUGCAGGAGGAGAGCCACGCCCAUGGGGACAUGGUCUUCGUAGACGUGGUGGACACUUACCGCAAUGUACCCCGCAAGCUGCUGCUCUUCUACCGCUGGCUGGAGGCCACCACCACCUUCCGCUUCCUGCUCAAGACGGACGACGACUGCUUCAUCCACCUGGACAACGUCCUGCGGGUCCUUGAGGACAAGAGGCUGCAGGGGCCCAACGUCUGGUGGGGGAACUUCCGCCUCAACUGGGCCGUGGAGCGGACGGGGAAGUGGCAGGAGCUGGAGUACAUGAGCCCUGCCUAUCCCGCCUUCGCCUGCGGCUCCGGUUACGUCAUCUCUUACGACGUCGUCCAGUGGCUCGCUGCCAACGCCGAUCGGCUGAAGACCUACCAGGGUGAAGACGUCAGCAUGGGCAUCUGGAUGUCGGCCAUUGGCCCCCGCCGUUACCAGGACGACGGCUGGCUGUGCGAAAAGUCAUGUGACCGCGCCAUGCUGUCUGCCCCGCAGUUCUCUGUGCAGGAAUUGGCCGAGCUCUGGCAGCAGGAACGGCGCUGUGGUAAUCCCUGCCAAUGUGCCAAGUGACUACGCCCCCGCGGAUGGCAACCAAUGCCUCCACUAUCCGUCGGGGGACACGGCUCUUGUCUCCCCCCUUUGUCAGUAUAGGGGCGACCUUCAUUAUCAGCGGACUCCUCCACGUAGGGUGUUGUGCAGCUGGUUAUUACGGGUCACCGGUGGUCAUAUUUAUCGUGCCCGCCUUGGCGGAGUGUAGGGGAUGUUCCACCUGAUCCCAUAUGCAGACAUCGUUAUCUGGGUUUAAAAUGCUGGAUUUUACUUUAAAUUGCCCUCAAAGGUCUUUGAAAUCUGGGUGACGAGCAAUAUGGCCGCCACUCUGGUAGUAACACCGCUUUCCUACAGUCCUGAUGAGUGCUCCCCUAGGUUUGUCUCCACUCCUGUGCUGGAGGAGAUAUCCUGUUCGGAAGACUGUGGAGGCGGCCAUGUUGGUUGUCGCCCACCUUUCCUCGGAUGAGAGGGCGGCUCCAGGACUUGCAGUUACCGGUAUUGAGAAGACACCUUCUAUUUAUUAUGUUCCUUGCUGUAGGAAAUCUCUGCAGUGGGCGGAGUCUGCGAUUUCCCCCCCCCAGAAUGCUUUGCACCUUUAUAACUAGAUGUAUAUAUCCAUAUUACAGGUCACAUCUAUAUUUAAUAACGUGAGAUUAUUAAUGUCAUUUCUGUCUCAUUAUAAAGGGGGGCACAUACUUUAUUAUAAUGCAUCCAGCGCAAGAAGGAGGUGAAAUUCUGCUGCGAUUAUCAGAGGCUGAAGAUAAGUGUCCUGGCGUCCACAGCGCAGGAAGAACAGAAUACUGAUGAUGGCGGAGUAGAAUUACUGCAAGAAACUCCUCUAUUGUAGUACCAAAGGUUCACCACACAGUUUUAGUGUGCAGGGUUCACCACUAGAGGUCACCACAUGAUGCCUCAGUGUCAGGGUUCACCACUAGAGGUCACCACAAGAUGCCUCAGUGUCAGGGUUCACCACUAGAGGUCACCACAAGAUGCCUCAGUGUCAGGGUUCACCACUAGAGGUCACCACAUGAUGUCUCUAUCCAGAGAUUGCCACUAGAGGUCAAUACACAAUGUUUGUGUCCAGGGGCUACCACUGAAGGUCACUGCAUGAUGUGUCCUGGGUUUACCACUAGAGGUCACCUCAUGGAGUCAGUGCUCACCCCAUGAUGCAUCAGUAUUCACCACGUGUCAGAGGUCAUCACAUGAUGUCCCAGUAUCGGGAUUCACCACUCUGUACUUCAUGUCUCCUCAGCUGAUAUUAUGUAUUCAAGAUCAUAACCCCUGACGACUAGAGAGGAGGCUGAGGCAGCUCUUUAGCCGUGUGAUUAGGACAGGCUUUGUGUGUACUAAUAGGAUGGCGGUUGUUUUAUUUCUCCCUAGACAAAAUGAGCCAUUAUA